AAGUAAUAUUCACAACAGUGCAUCAAGAGGAAAAUGGAAGGAAGCAAUCAAGCUGCUCCAGUUGAUGUAGAGAACCCAUACAUUCCAUUAGAAACUUCCAUGAGACAGGAAUUGGGUAGGUUAUCUCCUUUGUCCUCUUCAUGUUGUAUUUACAGAGUUCCAGAGCGAUUGAGACUUGUAAAUGAAAACGCAUACACACCACAGGUAGUCUCUAUUGGUCCACUCCACCAUGGCAAGAAAGGGUUAGAAGCCAUGGAAGAGCAUAAAAAGAGGUACCUACAGGAAUUUCUAUGUCGGACCAAAGUAAGCUUGGAGGAUUGCAUAAAGAAAAUUAGAGACCAAGAAACAAGAUUAAGAAAUUGUUAUGCAGAAACCAUUGGAUUUAGCAGUGAUGAAUUUGUAAGAAUCAUUCUAGUAGAUGCCGCAUUCAUCAUAGAGCUCUUGUUGAAAAGCAAUUUCAGGACACCGAGAAAAGAAAAUGACCGCAUAUUUAACAAACCAGUGAUGUUUCAUGAUAUAAUGACUGACAUGCAAUUGCUUGAGAAUCAACUACCAUUCUUCAUUCUCGAGGAUCUUUUUUAUCUACAAGAAGGUACACUCUCUUCUGAUUCUGACACUUCUGAUGACAGACUUUCAACAUUUUUCAUUUUAAAGAGAUUAAGUUCUACAAAAAAAGUAGAACAUUUUUUGGAUCUUAUUUUAAGAUCGUUAUGCCAAUCAGAAGUUGUUCCAUCAAUACCAUUAGAAGAUCUAACUACACCUAGCGUGACAGAGCUAUACCAGGCGGGAGUGAAGUUUAAGGUGGGAUCGAGGGAAAACAUAUUUGACAUUCGAUUCACUGAUGGGAUUCUGGAAAUUCCAAAGAUCGCAGUAGAGGAUCACACAGAGAUCUCACUUAGAAAUCUUCUUGCCUUUGAACAGUGUCAUUACCAGCACUAUUAUGUAUGUGAUUAUAUGAUCAUGAUGGAUCGUUUUGUGAACAACGCAAGUGAUGUGGAUUUGCUUGUUGAUCGUGGAAUUAUUGAAAAUGUUCUAGGUGACAGGAAAGAGGUGGCUGCUCUAUUUAAUAACCUUGGCAUUGGGAUUUUUGGAUCCCCUGACUUCACAUUUGCUAAUCUUUGUCAAGACCUGAACAGGUACUGCAGUUCGACAAGGCACAAAAUGAUGGCAAAUUUGAGACACAAUUAUUUCAACACACCUUGGCGAACUCUCUCUGUCAUUGCUGCUGUUGUUCUCCUCAUACUCACUCUUAUCCAAACUGUGUGUUCUAUUAUCUCUGCUGCUUGAGAUAUUAGACAGUGUUCUCUAUAUCUUUUCCCCACAGCCAGGUUCCCUUAAAGCAAGUGUGAGAUUCGACCCAAAAAAAGAAAAGCAAGCGUGAGAGAGAUUAAAAAGGAAAAAUAGAAGUUCCUAUAUUAGACUAUAUAGUGGUUUCUUUGUGAGUUUGGAGAUUUUAUUGUGUGGUUUAUCUGUCGUAACUUUUUAGCUUGUGUGUGGUAAUGAGAGAUUCAUAUUUGUGUUGAAAUUUGUAGCGUUUUUCAUAUCUGUUGGCUGACUUUUUUUUAGGACCUUUUGUAACCUGGACAAACUUUUCUCAUGUACAUUACAUAUCCGGAAUACAGAGGAAAACAGGGGAAA